AUGGACAAAUUCCUGACUGGUGCUGCGAGAGCUCCUGUCCAGAAAAUCACUAAAAAGAAAUCCUGUAGAAAUAUUCCAUGGGUUGAAAAAUACCGCCCUAAAACAGUGAAUGAAGUAGUUCACCAGACUGAAGUUGUGUCUGUCUUACGUAAAUGUUUAGAAGGAGCUGAUUUGCCGAACCUCUUGUUUUAUGGCCCCCCUGGUACUGGCAAGACAUCUUUGAUUCUUGCCCUCGCACGCCAGUUGUUUGGCCCGUUGUACUCGGAAAGAGUUCUUGAACUUAAUGCUAGUGAUGAGCGUGGUAUCGCCGUUAUUAGAGAGAAGGUUAAGAACUUUGCAAAGCUAGCAACUGGAAGCGUUAAUUCGACCACCGGUGAAACGUCUUCCAUUCCGCCUUACAAGCUUGUUGUCCUUGAUGAGGCAGAUUCGAUGACUGCUCCAGCUCAAGCAGCCCUUCGGCGGACGAUGGAAACUGAUAUGAAAAGCACUCGUUUCUGUUUAACAUGCAAUUACGUGACCAGGAUUAUCGGACCUAUUUCAAGCCGGUGUGCUAAAUUUCGGUUUCGGCCUCUAGACAAUGAAGUUGCUGUAUCUCGACUGCGCUAUAUUGCUGAUUGUGAAAAACUUGGUGUCUCUGACGAGACAUUAAACCACCUCUUGGAUCUAUGCGAUGGUGAUCUCCGUCAGAGCAUUACCCUUCUCCAGAGUGCUUCUCGUUUUGUUGCACCGCUGAGCAUCGAGGGCUUCAAUGAGCCUGUCCCGAUCACCAGUGCACACUUAGAUGAGCUGGCCUCUGUUAUUCCUGAAAAAUUUGAAGAGGCCCUUGUCUCUGCCGCCAAGGGGCGUAAUUUUGAGAAGAUCCAGUUAACUAUCAAGGAAAUAAUAUAUGAAGGUUUCUCUGCUCUCCAACUCGUGAGCCAACUCCAAUCCAGGGUACUCAAGUCCACUGAAAUCUCAGACCUUUCAAAGCAAAAAAUAUUGGAUGCAAUCGCAGAAGCUGAUGCGUGUAUGGUUGAAGGCGCGGACGAAUACCUGCAGCUUCUUUCUGUCGGCGGCCAAAUGAUCAAGGCACUGAGUUAA